AUGGCGCAACUGGCCUCGAACGAGGUCAUAGAGGCAAAGCAAGCUGCUGAGGGCUUCACAAGAAGCGAGCAGGAAUGCAAGCUCGCAGUAGAUGGAGUUGGCUGGUUGGCACUUGCCAAGAUAUUGUCUCCAAAUGAUACAGUAAAAGACUUGCCAGCCGCACUUGUCGAAGCAGGCGCAAUACGGGCCGCCGCCAGUAUCAUGGCACGCUUCAUCGGGGACAGCAUGGUUCAACUGACCGGGAUUGAGGCCAUGUCGAGUUUGGUCGGCAACAGAUGGGCUGGAUUGCGUGCAUUUGCGGAUGUUGGUGGCAUGGAGCGAGUAGAGGAAGCAAUGCGACACCAUGGGCAAGAUGCGUUAAUACAAACCAAGGGCGUGCGGGCGCUCGGCAGCGGGGUUCAGUGGCCACAAGAUGUACAAGAACGAGCCCGCUAUUCCCAUAGGCGCGCCAUUGAGCUGACAAAGACUGCAAUGUCCCAGCACGGCAUGGAUGCAGAGCUGCAGAUUGCCGCUCUUGAGGCGCUUGCCAAGUAUUUGGACAAGACUAGAUGUGUUUCUGAAAUCAAAGACGGCGGAGGCGAAGGCCUUGUGAAAAUGAUGAUGACUACUCACCAUGCAAAUGCAAAGGUUCAGCAGUGGGGUCGGCACGUGCUCUCUGGCGUCGGUGCGGAUCCCAACUGGGCGCCAAAGACGAGCGCGGGGGCGAGCUGA